UGGUCUUCUUCGGCGUACAGCUUGCCGUUGUUCCUCACCCGCUCAAGCUGCUUCUAAUCUACCACCGCCGUGUGCCUUCGCCGCAAACUUCUGCGAUCCUACGAUUCUGAGGAAGAUGGCGGCAACAGAUUCGCAUUCCUCCGAUGAUGAGAUUGCUAAAGAUUGCAACGAAGGGAUAGACAUGAAUAAAAAACCAGCUUAUAGGGAUAUCAGGCGCUAUUAUUGUCAGUUUUGUGGAAUUUGUAGGUCAAAGAAAACCCUAAUGCGUUUACACGUCUUAGAGAACCAUAAGGAUGAGUUGGAAGAUGUGCAAUCAAAUGAAAUCAAUAAUGUAACAAAUACGGACGGCAAGGUGCAACAUACUUGCCAGGAGUGUGGUGCAAGCUUCCACAAACCAGCUCAUCUAAAGCAGCAUAUGCUGAGCCACUCUACUGAGAGGCCUUUUCAAUGCUCAGUUGAUGAUUGCCAAGCUAGCUAUAGAAGGAAAGACCAUUUAAAUCGUCAUUCACUGACUCACCAAGGGAAACUCUUUACUUGCCCUGUUAGCAAUUGCGAUCGCAAGUUUGGAUUCAAGGCAAACAUGAGCAGGCAUGUAAGAGAAAUGCAUCAAGAGCCAUCUCCUUCUGAGGUUCAAGAACAGUUUGUCUGCGGUGAACAUCAUGAAGAGCAGUCUCCUUAUAAGGAUAAGCAAGAAUGUGUUUGUGAUGAACCUGGAUGUGGAAAGAGGUUCAAGUAUCCCUCAAAAUUAAAGAAGCACAAAGAUUCACAUGUGAAAUUAGAUCACCUGGAGGUUGUUUGCUAUGAACCUGGAUGUAUGAAGCCAUUCACAAAUGCUGAAUGCCUUAAAGCUCAUAUCAGAACUGCUCACCAAUAUGUUAAUUGUCCAAUUUGUAAGACAAAACAACUGAAGAAGAACCUCAAACGACAUCAACGCUUGCAUGAAGCAAAUGAGGUGAUUGAGAGGAUGCAAUGCGACUUUGAAGGCUGUGGGUGUACAUUUUCAAAUGUAUCAAACCUCCGGCAACACUUAAAAGUUGUUCACCAAAAUCUCCAUCCAUUCACUUGUAGUUUUCCAGAAUGUGGAAAAACGUUCCCUUAUAAGCAUGUAAGGGACAACCAUGAGAAAUCUGGCGUCCACUGUUAUGUUCAAGGUGACUUUCUUGAAAUCGAUGAGCAGAGGAUUUCUCGGCCAAGGGGUGGACGGAAAAGGAAGUGCCCAUCUAUCCAAUCUUUCCAGCGGAAGAGGGUUGUUCCGCUUAACCAAAUCUCUAUCCUUGACGACGGAUGUGAGUAUUUGAGCUGGUUAAUGGAGUCAACUACUUGAGUUGGUUGCUUUUUAGGGAUAAAUAGCUAGCAAGAUCGCUUUUGUUGUCUCCUUGUGAUGACUGCUUGUUUAAAUCUAAAAUAGAUCAUAUAUAACAACCACGUUCAAGAAUGUCUCGUUUAAUUGUAUUGUAUCCUAAAAUUCUUCCUAGUUAAAUGAAUUGGAUCAAGUUGUGAGAUCUGUAUAAUCA